UUUUCUAUAAAAUGCAAGCUUGCGGAUGUAGUUUCAGUCAGUCAUUUUCGUUGCAGGAACCUCUCUUUUUUAAAAUCUUUCUCGAGGCGAAGGACUUUUUGUCCGCAGCCUUCUUUUCCUUCUUUUCCCAAAUAUUAAUUAUAAUUUUUUAUGGGCGGAAUAUAUGAUAUCCAGAGAACACAAACUUUAAAUUCUAAUCAUAUGACCAAAACCCUAUCCACUUCAAACAUAUGAUCCUCUCGUCAUCACAUAAAUUAUCACAACACCAACUCUAAAAAUAAAAAAUAAAGAAAAAAACCAAAAAAGUGGGAAAUUCUCAGUUCUUUCACUUCAAAAACCCAGUAGUGAAAAACCAAUGGCAUCAGCAACAGCUAAUCAAACAAUAAUCAACCCAAAAACAUUAUUUGCUUCCAAUAAACCGUUCUUUUCAGCUCAGAAACCCAUUUCUAAUUCACUCUCAUUCAUUUCUAGUUUUAAUGGCAAUCACAAAAUCAUUCCUAGAUUUUGGUUAUCAUUUUCCAGCAACAGAAUUCUGAGUCUUACUGCGAAAUCAUCAGCAGAUAAAGAUGGUAAUGUUUCUAAUGAUGAUGAAGAGGGAGUUUCUCUUGGAACUAUGAAGUUACCUAUUAAUACUAAUAUUCCUAGGUUUGAGAUUUUACUCUUUCAGUGGGCUAACAGCUUGAACCAAGGAGCUCAGUUGCCACUUCCUCUGCCUAUGAAGGUAGACAAGAUCGAUGGAGGGGUAAGAUUAGGCUUCGUUGAAAUCGACGAUGGAAAGACAAAAGUCAAUGUGUACAUUGAUUGUCAAGUAAUUUUAGGAAGCAAAGAAUCUGAUCCUCCAUUGUUCAGAGCUACCAGAAAAGGAGUUCAGAAAAAUAAAGUGCCUCCUGGUGAGCCCAGAAUCAUGAAGAGCCUUCUUGCGGCCCUUAAGAAAUCUGUUGAAAUUGCCGGAGUUUGAUAUUUUAUUUUAUUUUAUUUUUAUUAUUUUAUUUUAUUUUUUUGUGAAAUUUGUAAUAACUCUAAUUCUGCAAUAUUAAUAUUGGAUCUGCAUAUAUGAAAUGAAAAUUUCUUUGUCCUGUGUUGUAAUAUGAUAAUAUCUAUCUAGGACUAGAAACAAUGUACUGAUAUACACUGCCUUUAAUAGACUCUGCUUAAUCACAAUUGUUUACAAAUGUUAUGUUUAA